ACAAGUAAUCUUCCCAUUCGACCCAUACAUUCAUUCCACAAGGCCAUCCUAUUCUUGAUCCUAUCCUAUCAAUUAUCAUAAAAUAUUUUUUAAUCCAUAAAUCAUAAUAAAAAGUAAUCUCAAAGGAAAGUAUAUUUAAUUUUCUUUCGACUUUUCUCCUCCAGGAAAAAUAAAUCCACGGGAAGCUAAUAUACACACCUAUAUCAAAUUUUUUUUAAAUUAAAAUCUACCUAAAUAAAAUCCCAUCAACACAACAAAAAUUCCUUAGUUUAUAAGUUAAAACCUAAAUUAACUUCCCAAACCAAAAGUGUCAUGAAAACAUAUUUCAAAUCAAAGGAGAACAAAAACAGCAUCUCGCAAAUUGUGUGUUAAAUUCUUCACAUACCAACAAAGGAUUUCCUGCAUUAUUUUUUCGAAAUGUCUUUGUCUGGUAGUUCGUCGAAGGAUUCUGGAACGUCUGGAAAUAGUAGCAUGGCUGGUAGCGAUCCAAAUAUACCUAGAGACUUCAGCAGGUUGUCCUUAUUCUCUUCUGGAUCCACUACAUCCCAAGAUGAACAUUUCAAUUCCGUAGGACAUGCUGAGCACAGUUUGUCCUGCAUGAAGAAAUAUUUACAAGCUGGCAAACUGUGUGAUGUUGUUUUAAUUGCUGGACAGAAUGGGCGUAGAAUAUCUGCUCACAGGUUGGUUCUGUCAGCCGCCAGCGAAUACUUCGCCACAAUGUUCACUGGAAGCUUGAGCAAUGACGAGCAAAGAGAAAUUACAUUGGGGGAUAUCAAUGGUGAUGUUCUACAAGCAGUUGUAAAUUACUGUUACACCGGUACCAUUGAAAUUCGUGAAGACAAUGUCGAAACCUUAUUGGCAACAGCCUGUUUGAUGCUUUUACACGAAGUUGUCGAGGCUUGCUCGAGAUUUUUGGGCCACCAAUUGCACCCAAGUAAUUGUUUGGGGAUUGCUAUUUUUGCUGAACAUCAGUCUUGUACAAGUUUAUUAAAUGAGGCUAAUUCUUAUACUAAUCAGCAUUUUAUGCAGGUGAUUUUGAAUCAAGAAUUUCUUCAAUUAAAUGUGGAUCAAAUGUGCAGUUUACUGAGCAGUGAUGAUCUCAAUGUUAGUUGUGAAGAACAAGUAUUUAAUGCUCUUAUGAGUUGGAUACAACAUGAUCCUACUACAAGGAAAAAACACAUUGGGCAGCUUCUAGCUUUAGUCAAACUUUCAUUUUUAAGUCCGGCCUUUUUAUCAGACCAAGUCGAGCCUGCCAUAGCUGGAGAUCCUACCUGUCAAAAAUUAAUUAUGGAGGCAAUGAAGUGGCACUUGCUUCCAGAAAGGCGCCUUCAAAUGUCAUGUUCUAGAACAAAACCUAGGAAAGCGACUAUCGGACGACUUUUGAUAGUUGGUGGCAUGGACAACAACAAAGGUGCUACCACCAUUGAAAGCUACGACCCCAGAUCUGACACUUGGACUGUAGCGCACCAUAUGAGCGGCAGACGGUUACAAUUUGGCAUAGCUUUGAUGUACGACAAACUGUUAGUAGUAGGAGGUCGUGACGGUCUCAAAACCCUUAACACCAUGGAGUGUCUAGACCUAGAAAGCGGAUCCUGGAGUCAGCUGCCACCAAUGAACACCCAUCGUCACGGAUUAGGCGUGGCCGUUUUAGGUGGCACUCUAUAUGCAGUCGGUGGUCACGACGGCUGGAGUUACCUGAACACUGUAGAAAGAUGGGAUCCAGCUACACGCACCUGGCAAUACGUAGCUCCAAUGCAAAAUCAACGUUGCUCAGCAGGUGUGGCUGUACUCAAAGGUAGGUUGUAUGCUGUAGGUGGCAGAGAUGGGGCAAGUUGUUUACGGACUGUCGAGUGUUACGAUCCUUACACUAAUAAAUGGACUUUGGCCGCACCUUUGGCAAGGCGUAAAGGGUGUGUUGGUGUAGCUACAGCCGAUGGAUAUUUGUAUGUAAUGGGUGGUCAAGAUGCUCCGGCUAAUAAUCCCACAGCGUCCAGGUUUGAUUGUGUCGAGAGAUACGAUCCUACUACAGAUACUUGGACUACAGUUAGUACUUUAACGAGUAAAAGGGACGCAAUAGCUUGUACACUGUUUGGAGACAAAUUAUACUCAGUUGGAGGUUACGAUGGUAAUAUGUAUCUUAAAAACGUUGAAGCGUAUGAUCCGAUUGCAAAUGAAUGGCAGAUAUUGUGUCCUUUAAAAACGGACAGAGCUGGUGCGUGUGCCAUAGCUGUCCCUAAUCAUGUGUUCGAAAGAGGAGAUUGACGACGGUUCGAAGACAGCGAGGAUUGUAGGGAGCAAAAUUGGUUUUAUUUUUCAAGACUGAAAAAGGCAGCAUUUAUUAAUUUUGGCAUUUUCAACAAAAAUUAAGACUGAACGAGUUCGAGUUCCUCGAAUUUAAAGACCAAUAAUUUGCUCUUAUUGAUCCUUUUUUUAUUGGGUUUGUUCCAAGGAGAAACAAAUAUUUCAUUAAUCAUUGGUUGAAAAUUGCCCAUCAAAUUGUUACAUUAUUGUGUACGGAUAUGGAUUUAUUUGUGGAUUCACUUUACCAAAUCAACAUAAUUAUUUUUUAGUAAGAAUAUGCAAACAUUUCAAUUGUGCCAACUUUUUUUGCCAAACGAUUUUGUUACUUCAUAUAGUUUUUUAUUUCUGUUUUUUUUUGUGUGUGAUUGAGUCGUUAAAUAGUCAUUAUAAAGGUUCACAAAAGCCAUGAUCAGAUCAAUAGUCACAAAUAAUGACGUUCGGAAAAUGAUUUCAAAUCGGUUGAUUUUCUCUAGAUUUAAUGUAGUUUUUCAUAAAGAAAUCGACAAAUGUAAACAUAAACUGUUUCUCGUUGGAACAAACGUUAUGUGAAAAUCAAGAAUAAAGCAUUAUGACCCUAUACAUCAUAUUGUUAUAACUUAGAUUAGCAUUAGAGUAUGUAAUUUGCAAUAAAUGAUAAUUUUUAUGGGAAUAAUUGUACAGGAUGUUCCUCAAAAGUUCCCGCAAUUUUUUUUCUUUUUUAAAUAUAAAAAUUUGAAACGCUCUGUAUUUGUAUAUUUUGAGCGGUUUCCAUUUUUGAAUCAGUGCACAUUGAAUCGAUUUAUGUAAAAGAAUAACAAACUGUAAAUGUGGAAUAAACCACUAUGAAAACCUAAGUUCCUCUCGGAAUUUGAUAAUGGAAAUCGAUUCAAGGUUUUUACGUAAUUUUUUUGGUCAUGGAUCAUUCGCAGUUUUAAAUUGUGAAAAAACAUAAAAAUCAAAAUUAUUGAAUUUGUAUACUAUCGUUUAUUAAAAGUUUUUGGCUAAAUUUUUCUGUGAUAGUUUUAUAAUAAUUAUUAUAUUUCGUGUUUCAAACAAUGUAUGUGAUUAAUUUUUUGGGAACCAAAUAAUAAUUUUUUUCUUUAAGUAUUCCUUUGUAUUAUUUUGAAUAUACAUACUUUGUCAUUGUGUCGAGAGUAUCGUUGGAUCAUAAUCCGUUGUGACUACAGCUUGACAAUUCCAACUAACAAUACAGCCCAAUAAUAAAAUGCCUUUUUGUUUCAAUCUUUUAUUAAAAUAAAAAUCACAGACUAAAUGCAAAACGAAAACAAAUAAUUUAAAGCCUAGUAUCCAAGGGACCCUUACUGUUGUCCUCUUUGCUAUCUUUGAAAUACUCUUCAAUCUCGUGCAGAGUUUUCCCUUUAGUUUCCGGAAGACACCUAUAAACAAACGCAGUCCCUAACAGCGCCAUAAAACCAUAAACUAAAAACGAUCCGUCUGUACCUAAAUUCUCAAACAGUGCAGGCAUAGUUUUGACUACACUAAAAAUAGACAUAUAGGCUACGAAUGAGGCUAUGCCACUUCCUGUACUUCGUUUUGCCAUUGGCAGGAGCUCGCCAAUUAAAUUCCAAGGAAGACUGACAAAACCUGCUGUCACAAAAAACACGUAGGCUAAAAGGCAAGUGAUGGGCACAGCAACUAAAUUUGGAUUUUGGAUGUUGAAGACUUUUUGUGAAUAAAUAAAGCCACUGAGGAUGAAUAGUGGUAUAAAUGUGCCAAAACCACCUGUUAAGGCCAGAGGCCUUCUUCCAAUAUUUCUUAUUAAUAUACAUUGAGCUAUUGAGGCAAUGACUCUGAUGCAAUCUAUAAUAAAUGUGGCCAAAUAUUCAUUUAUGGAUUCGCCCAAAGUUUGCUUCAUAAUAUUUAUUGAGUAAAAUGUUACAGCGUUUACACCAGCCCAUUGACUAGAUAUAAAGAAAACUAGUAAAAUUGCCAUUGGUUUCCAAAAUUCUGGCUCUAAAAGCUCCUUCAAACGAUUUUUUUCAUCUAUUUUGUUAGUAUUAUUAUUGGUGGCCUUAACUCUAGCAAUCAUUUGUUCAAAUUCCUGCCUAUUUUCCUCUGAAGCGUUUCUUAGCCAAUAAAACGAUUCCUGAGCCUCAUCACUUAACCCUUUCUGAGCUAGCCAAGCAGGAGAUUCUGGAGUAAACGUCAUCAAUAGCCAAGCAAUAAAAGGAAAUACAGCCACAACUAAAGCUGUUACUUGCCAUGUUAAAAAAGUCCCUAAAAGGUGACUACCUAAAAGCCCUACGGAUACACUCAGAGGUAUUCCACCUAGUAGCAUGCCUCUGUUUUUUGGAUCAGUAGUUUCUCCGAUGUAAACCCCAGUAGCUGGAGUGAUGAUGCCAGAACAAAGGCCUGUGAGGAAUCUUCCUGUUAGGAGCAUUUGAAGAUUGAAGGAAAAAUACAUCAAAAUCCAGCCGGCACAGUAGGGAAAGCAGAUGAUAAUGUGGGUCAUUUUGCGGCCGUAUUUUUGAAUUAGGACUCCGCCAAUUAGGGCUCCUGCUGCCAUUGGGAUCACUGCCAAGGAAGCUGAAAAAAGAAAAAUUUUAUCAUACAGGAC